AUGGAUGAACCAAUCCUCUCUAGCGUUGCUGGGUCCAUAAUUGAAAAUUUGGGCUCUGCUGCAUUUGAACAGGUUGGAUCGCUCUGGAAUGUUGAAGAUGACCUCGAACAAAUCAGGAAAACUGUUUCCACAAUCAAAGCUGUACUCCAGGAUGCAGCGGAGGAGCAGAACCACAAUCAUCAAGACAGAGUCUGGCUCGAAAAGCUCAAGGAAGCAGUUUUUGAUGCAGAUGACUUGUUGGAUGAGUCUAAGUACCACACUGAAUUGGCUUUGAGGCAAAAAGAGACGAGUGGGAGUUUUAUAGAAAAGGUACGCUAUUUCUUAAGUUCAAUCUCAGUUGUUUUAGGACGUCCUAAGAUGAGUCUUAAAAUAAGUAAACUGAGUCAGGAACUAGAUGCAAUAGCCAAAGAUAGGGAAAAGUUUCACUGGAAAGAACGCAGUACUGUAAAGCGUAAUGUGAUUCCGGAUAGGGAGACUCGCCCAUGGUUUCCUCAUAAUGAAGUUAUUGGGAGAGAAGAUGAGAAAAAUCAAAUCAUAAAUCGCUUAUUAGAGCCUAACAAUGAAGAGAAUGUUUUAGUUGUUGCUAUUGUGGGGAUUGCGGGUAUAGGCAAGACCACACUUGCUCAAUGUGUUUAUAAUGAUGAUAGAGUCGAUACACAAUUUGAGCUAAAAAUAUGGGCGUGUGUCUCAAAUGUCUUUGAGGUGACAACAUUUGCUAAAAAGCUAAUAAUGGGUAUUGAUAAAGAUGAUAGCAUGGAACUAAUGCGAGAGAAACGUCGUAAGAUUAAUCCUGAAGAAGUCCUCAAAAUGGAUCCAUUGAGGGAACUUCAUGACAAAAUUUCUCAAAAGAAAAUUUUAAUUGUGUGGGAUGAUUCAUGGAAUGAAAAUUGUAAAGUUUUGAAUAACUUUAUAGGACUUUUAAGUAGUUGUGCAAAGGAAUGUAAGAUUGUAAUAACUACGCGUGACAAAUUUGUUGUAGAUAUUACACGUGCUAAUGAAACAUAUUUUCUUAAAGGUCUCUCUGAAGACUAUUCUUGGUCUUUAUUUGAGAAAUUAGCAUUUAGAAAUAGGCAAGACACUAAAAACCCUACACUAGUAGAUUUUGGAAGGGAGAUUGUAGGCAAAUGUCAAGGAGUGCCCCUAGUCAUAAAGUCCAUAGGAAAUGUAUUGUACUCUAAGAAACCAAACGAGUGGUCAAAGAUCAGGGAUAAGGUAGUAGCAAAUGUAAUUGAACAAGGGGGUGAUAAUUUUCCGAUUCUAAGGUUGAGUUAUGAUAAUCUUCCAUCAUAUUUAAAAUGUUGUUUUGCCUUUUGUUCUUUGUUUCCUAAAAAUUAUGAGAUUGAUAAGAUGACAGUGAUUCAACUCUGGAUGGCACAUGGAUUUGUCCAAUUACCAAAUGAUGAUACUCAGCAAGUAGAAGGUGUUGUAGAUGAAUACUUCAAGGAUCUACACUGCAAUUUUUUUGAGGAAGUAAGGGAUAGAUGGGGAGCUUUAAAAUAUAAGAUGCACGAUUUAUAUCAUGAUCUUGCACUAUUAAUUGUAGGGGCAAACUGUAGACUUGACUAUUUGGAUGGAAUAACUCGACAUGUAUCAUUUUCUAGUGUUUCAUCUUUUACUAAAACUUUAAGUUUGGUUAAAGCAAGCAGCAAGGUACGUACUAUUCUGUUCACACAUAGUAAGAAUGCAUCUGACGCCAUGGAUGAGUCAACACUGAGUACACUGAUUGAGAUUUUCCCAAGUUUGCGUGCAUUAGAUUUACAUGGAUUGAAAAUUGAAAUAAUGAAAAAUUCCCUAGGGAAGUUAAUACAUUUGAAGUACUUAGAUCUUUCUUUUAAUCCUAUUAAAACUCUUCCUGAUUCAAUUACUUCACUGUUGAAUUUGCAAACACUAAAACUUCAAGAUUGUCGUAAUCUUAAACAAUUGCCUAGGGACAUCACAAAAUUGGUUAGCCUCAGGCACCUUGAUGAUAGGGGUUGUUUUAAAUUGAGAUUGCCUCAAGGAUUACGGAAACUGACUGGUCUUCAGUCAUUACCGUUAUUCAAUGUGAGGAAUAAUGGUGAACUAGGCGAAUUGAAUGGGCUAAACAACCUCAGAGGAACACUUAAGAUCCAAAUUUUAGAACAAUUGGAAGAUGCUAACUUAGAUUAUGAGGUCAAAAAUUUAAAGAAAAAGCAACAUCUUGAGAAACUGGAAUUAGCAUGGGCUCACCAAGAAGGACAUGAUGAGAUGUUAUUAGAUAGCCUCCAACCACAUCCAAAUCUCAAAAUUUUGGAAGUGUGUGGUUACACUGGUGUGACAUUUUCAAGUUGGCUUUCUUCCAUCAAAAAUCUUGUUAAAAUCACUUUAAGGAGAUGUGACAGUUGCAAUCACCUGCCACCAUUGUCUGAACUCCCAUUUCUAGAAAGCUUAUGGCUUGAUGAAAUGAAAGAUUUGGAAUGCAUAUCAGAUCGUGAUAUAAGUGAGGAAGUUUCUACUUUAUCCUUCUUCCCAUCGUUAAAAUCUCUUUGGAUUAUGGAAUGCCCUAACUUAAAGGGAUGGUGGAGGAGCGCAUCAAUGACAGAUCAUCAACAACAUCAGCAUAACCGGUCACUGCCUUCAUUUCCUUGUCUUUCUUAUUUUUGGAUUUGUAAUUGUCCUAAUAUGACUUCCAUGCCCUUGUUUCCUUAUCUCGGAGAAGUCCUACGACUAACUAACGUUAGCUCAAAGCUUUUUCAAGAGACAAUACUUCCCUCUUCCUCCUCUUCUUCGUCUUCUCAUCUCUCCAAAUUAAUAUCUAUGUAUAUAUUAAAUCUGCCAGAUGUUGUGUCUCUGCCAGAUGGGUUGGUAUCAAAUCUAAUUUCUCUCGAGCGUUUAUACAUUUCCAAUUGCAAGGAGUUAAAUCUAGGAAGUGACGUGGACGGAAUGGAAUGGCGACAUCUCAAUCGCCUCACUCAUCUGUACUUCUCCGGCCUUCCAAAACUGAAUUCCUUACCUGUAGGUCUUCAACACGUUACAACCCUGGAAACGCUCUUUAUUAGAAAUUGUGAGAAUCUGAAAACAUUGCCUCGGUGGAUUGGGAAUCUUAUCUCACUUAAACAGUUUACAAUUUACAACUGUCUCAAUCUGAAAACAUUGCCUGACGAGAUGCGCGAUCUCUCGUCUUUACAAAAACUGGAGAUUCGGCGUUGUCCUGAGUUACAGAGAAGAUGCGAAAAGGAAACCGGUCAGGAUUGGGACAAGAUCGCACAUAUCGCUUUAGAUCCUGAUGGAUGUGCUGUUUUGAAGUCUUUACAUGAAAAAUGCCUUGCUCAAGUCCUUAAUUCUUCCAAUGAACUUUGA